AGCCCAUUCCAAAAAUCUCUCAAAUUUUCACUUGUAAAACACCAGAACUCUUACUCAACUUCUUCUAGCCAAAUCUUCCUCCCCUGACGAACUGCUUAGCCUUUCUGUAUCAAAAUAUAUAAAGAAGAAAACCUAGUUUGUGUUUUCUGAACUUUUCUCUCAAAGGUGGUUGCGUCAAUCCGUCGAGUGCUUCUUAAUUUUUCCAGAUAAUUUUAUCCUUAAGAUGGGAAGUGACAAAGCAUCAUCUCUAAAGGAGUUAGAAAAAACUUGGUAUAGAUGGGAAGUCCGCGCAUUCAUUAUAAUUGGCCUUUGUUUACAAAUCAUCCUCACCUUAUUUGGUUUUCGAAGAAAAUAUAUAAUAAGAAGCUGGAUAAAACUCCUUGUCUGGUCGGCAUAUUUAGGAGCAAAUUGGAUGGCAACUGUUGCCCUAGGCAACCUCGGCAAUUACGAAUACGAUACAGACUGUUCCUCUUAUACAUUUUCAGAAGAGCAAUGUGGCUACUUCAAGGAUUAUUUAAGUGAAAACAGUUCACUCAAGGUAUUGUGGUCAGCUUUUUUUCUCUUACACCUUGGUGGCCCAGACACUAUCUCAGCUUACUCCUUAGAAGAUAAUGAGUUGUGGUCGAGAACCUUUUUUGCAUUCAUUGCUAAUAUUUGGGCAGUAUUUUAUCUCGUUAUUGUGUCCUGGAGUAACAUUGCUUUCCCCAAACAUAUAUUAAUUCCAAUAACUAUUUAUGGAAUUAUUAAAUAUGGAGAGAGGGUUUUUGUUCUCUGGUCUUCAAGCACCGAGCGAUUUAAAGAGUCUUUGCUCUCAAAUCCUGAUCCAUUUCCAGAUCUUGUUAAAAUCACCAAACAAGAUAUGGAGAAAGAACUUGAGGAGGAAAACUUUGAUAUUGAGAGUGAAGCAACAAAAAAAGAAUCACGUCAAAUCUUUGAAGCUUUUUUUCUGUUCAAGAGAUUUGCAAAUAUAUUUGCAGACCUUAUUCUUGAUGAAAAUGAACUGUUGGUAAGUUACAAGAUUUGCCUAAAGUUAGCCGAAGAUGCUUUCAAUCUGGUAGCGAUUGAGCUUGGAAUCAUGUAUGAUGUGCUCUACACCAAGGCGAUUCUUGUUUAUUCUCGAUUGGGAAUCUUUCUCCGUUGCUUCAGCUUCUUUUCCUCCAUUUAUAUGUUAAUUGCCUGGUCAUUACCUGCCAAAAAGUUGCAGAAUGAGUUUCCUUUGAGUGACUUUUUCGUAACUUUCUCACUGCUAAUUGUGACUGUUGUUAUUGAGGCUUUAGCAGUUAUCGAACUCUGUUCGUCUGAUUGGGCAACAGUUAUUCGUUUAACCAGGCACAAGAAAGCGUGGCAAAUUCCAGGUUUUGGCAAUCGCAAGAGGUGGUCCAUGGCCAUGGGACAAUUCAAUCUUUUACGUUGUUGCAUCAAAGACAUGUCAGCCAAACAUACGAGGGUUCAGAAUAUAUUCUUCAUCGGCAAACGGUUGAAGAAUCAUCUGUAUUUAAGUUGGGAAAAUGUGAAUGUUGAUUUGCAAAAGAUGAUCUUCAAGGAGCUCUCGGAGAAAAUUGGUAAUUAUGAACUACAAGAUCAUUUUUGCGACACUCAUUUACUUAAGAAAAUAUUGGGUCAAAGAGGUGAUUAUGUGCUUGAAGAAAGGUAUAAACUUGUUGAUUUUUAUUGGUGCGUCGAAGAGGUAGACUUUGAUCACAGCCUUCUCCUUUGGCACAUCGCGACUGAUCUUUGUUAUUAUGACGAUUUCGAUAAACAUGAAGUUGCUAAUAACGAUCUUUAUCAAAAUAGCAAAAUUGGCAAAUGCUUGUCAGAUUACAUGUUAUAUAUUCUAGUGGUGUGUCCUUCCAUGAUGCCUAAAGGAAAUGGUGAGUUAAGGUUUAGGGAAACCUGUGUCAUGGUCAGGAGGUUCAUCGAAUCAUCGAAAACGAGAUCGACAUCAGUUGAAAGAGUAGAAGAUUGCAAGUUCUUGCUUCGGAAUAACAUUGAUAAUCUGAAAUCAGAUGAUAUGUCAGUGCUGGUGGAAGGAUGUAAUCUUGCGAAACAAUUGCAAUCGCUUGAAUCUGAGGAUGGUUGGAAUCGGAAUAAAAAAUGGAAAAUGAUAACAGAAGUGUGGGUGGAAAUGUUGACUUAUGCUGCAAACGAGUGUGACUGGAAAGUUCAUGGUCACCACCUUAGGAAGGGUGGAGAGUUACUUACUCAUGUUCGUCUUUUAAUGACACAUUGUGGUUUAAGUGUACAAUAUAACAAAAAUGGGAGGAAAAUUGAUUAAUCACUUCCUCCCUGGCUGUAGAAAUGAGUGCAUGCUUUGUAGUUGUUCAAAGUUUUGUUGCAUUUGAUAAUUGAAAUUUUUAUAGUG